AUGCGAACGAUUGAUGGUAUCGGUAGCAUGUUUCAACCGUUGGAGAACGCUAUUUCGGCCAAACUCAUUCCGGCUUUAACGGGCAGAGGACCUUGUUCCAGCGUAGAAAGAACAAUACUCUCUUUGCCAAUGCGUCAUGGUGGGCUCAACCUUGUUAAUCCUGUUGAAGUUGCAAAUAGUCAUUAUAACGCAUCAUUAAAGAUUACUGAACCUCUGAAGAAGAUGAUCAUUAGCCAAACGACAACUUAUAAGAAAAUUUAUCUACACAACAUAAAAGCCGAUCUGCGAAGGCAAAAGAACCAGUACCACCAGCAAUUAGCCACAGAGGUGAGAGAAAGCUUGUCCCAAAUAAAGCAACAGACAUUUGUUGGAGCUGAAAGGUUCAUCAUCAUGGUUAUCUGCCCUACCACUGAAAGACCAAUGCUUCAGUCUAAACAAGGGCGAGUUUCGUGAUGCUUUGAGCCUCAGGUACAACAGAUGGCAACGGAAAUAUCUUCCCCAAUAUUGCAUAUGUGGAACUAGUUUUUCGACCGAUCAUGCCAUGAUAUGCCCACACGGAGGAAUGACUAUAUCUCGUCAUAACUAAAUCUGUGAUCUUACCGCUGAUUGGAUGAGUGAAGUAUGCAGAGAGACGCAAACUGAACCACCAUUGCAACCCUUAUCUGGAGAGAUUAUCCUUCCCCGUUCCGCAAAUAAACAAGAAGAUGCCCGGGUCGAUAUUAAGACUAUCAGACUUUGGGGACAGCAGCAAAGCGCAUUUUUUGAUGUUAGGGUUUUUCACCCCAACGCACCAAGCUACCGUGACAAAAGUGUUGCAGCUUUAUUUGCAUUAUCUAACAUUUUGCUUUUUAACCCAUUCUUUUUGCCACAACACAUUUGGUGCACCACAACAAAUCAGUGCUUCAGUCACUUGGCAUACGUCGGGCAUGAGACUCCAGACUGGAAAUAAUCAUGGCCAUCCUUCAUCCAUCCCCAAUGUGUGGGUUCCAGGCUAAACAGAACUAUUUCCCUGCAUUGUUAAAGUACUGGUUUAAAGCAUUGAUACAUGUGGACUAUUCUUGGGGUCUGUAGACGACAGGGUAGUGGCGAAUCAGGAUGUAGAUCUUUAAUUAUUGAUGCCAUGCAACAUCGAAGAAGCAGAUAAACGUAUAUUUCUCCAUGUCCAACAUGCUGCUGAACUCUGUCCACCUGUUUUGGUCAAGACUGUAGACUGUGACGUUGUUGUUGUUGCACUUGCAGCUUUCCACAGGAUCCAUGGCCUUGAUGAACUAUAGCUUGAGUUUGGAAGCAUUUGAAGUACAUUUCAAUCCACGAAAUUGCAACAUCCCUAGGAGCUCAAACAUCCACUGCUUAACUUCUUUCGUGUUUUUCCAGUGGCUGUGAUGAUACCACAUCAUGGUUCAAACAUAAAGGCAAUAAAUCAUUCAGCGAAACAUGGAAACGAUUGCCCAGCUUAACUGCAGUGUUUGAACAAGUAGCAACGUCAGAAGGCAAUAUAUGUGAAAGUGAUUUUUUGGAACAGUUUGUUGCAGCUCUUUAUUGCAGCACAUUUGAUGGCGACAACGUCAACAAUGCAAGGCGAUACCUUUUCACAAGCAAGGGAAAGACAAUUGACAAUAUACCCCCAACAGCUGCUUCAUUGAACGAACAUGUAAAACGAUCUGAGUUAUAA